AUGUCUCGUGCUCUUCUCAUCACCGGCGCCACUGGCAAGCAAGGCAGCUCUGUCAUCAAUGCUCUUAUCGCAAAGAACGCAGACUUCCUUCUCCUCGCCGCCACUCGCAAUAAGGAAUCAGCUUCCGCAAAGAAGCUAGCCUCCAAAUCUUCCAACAUCAAGCUCAUUGAGGGUGACCUCGACUCCAUCCCCGCCCUCUUCAGUGCCGCUAAGCAAGCUGCCGGAACUGUGCCUCUCUGGGGCGUCUACUCAGUCCAACUGUCCAUGGGCAAGGGUGUUACUCUUGAGGGCGAGGUCCGACAAGGAAAGGGUCUCAUCGAUGAGUCGAUCAAGGCUGGCAUCAAGCACUUUGUCUACUCCAGCGUUGACCGGGGCGGUGACGAGAAGUCUUGGAAGGACGCCACUGUUGUCCCUCACUUCAAGACCAAGCACGAGAUCGAGCAUUACCUUCGCGACUCGACCGCCAACGGAAAGAGCUCAAUGAACUGGACCAUCUUGCGCCCAACGGCUUUCAUGGAAAACCUAGAGCCCGGUUUCGCCACCAAAGUCUUCCUCACCAUGAUUCGUGACACUCUCAAGAACAAGCCUCUUCAGUGGACGGCAACAGAAGAUAUCGGCUUCUUCGCUGCUGAAGCUUUCACAGACCCGCAAGCCUGGGAUAAGCAGGCUAUCAGCUUAGCUGGCGAUGAGAUCACAUUCGCACAACUCAGCGAAGCUUUUGAGCACGCCACUGGCGGACCUGCUGGUACGACAUUCGGUUUACUCGGAAAAGCUUUGAAGCACGGUGUUGCAGAGCUCGGAAUCAUGGUUAAUUGGUUCAGAGAUGAAGGCUAUGGUGCUGAUUUGGCCAAGGUUCGACAGCUGAACCCUGGUGCUAAGACGAUGGAACAGCCUCCCACGUCAAGCUCACACCAUUCGUGGGAGCCCCGCCUGAAGAUCCAAAGCAAGAUGACUACUCCCCUAGGCACAGAUACGGAAGAUGCAGUCUCUUCCAGCUCUGAUGAAGAGGUUAAAAUUCUCAACCCGGCAGUUCUAAGCACCUCCAGCUUCCCGCAAUUCGGCAAAGAGCGCAUCGCCAUGAGCAAGCUCUUUGUUACCAACCACGAAUCUCGUAGCGCCGCCAAGAGAUACUACCGCUUUCACAACCCCUGCACAUAUGUCCAUAUGACCUGCACCUACUAUGGAAUCCUUUACUUUAACCCGGAGUUCGAUAUCAUACAUAUUUUUGAAUGGUGGCAUUUCCCAGAACUUGCACACCGUAUCUGGAAACUUUAUCCACUUCACGUCGGCAUUGUCAACUUGGCUCAGCAGGCCGAUCAGGACUAUUGGGACAGGAGAAACAAUGAGAGCUGGUACACCAAUACGAGACACGUUGGGUACACGGACCCGAUAUACAGGGACCCGGACAAACUAAAGGUGGCAAUCAAGCGGUUGAAAAGAGUCGUCUUCGUAUUUCGUGGCGUGUGUAAUCCCGGAAUCCGCAGAUGCGGGGACACGCGUCAAGGACAAGAUAGAAAGGGCCCUGCGUGGUAUCCCAGCCCUUCUGUGCCUGUCAAAACACAUGUCCCUGUAUUUGGGACUAUGGAGCAGGACCCCAGGGCUGUGGGAGACUUUCUUGAUGGCGUGAAUCCCAAGCACAUGUUUAAACAUCUUAAACGAUGGGGAGUGGACAAUGGCCCUGAAGCUUUCUACCAGAUCAUGAUGAGCUACUCAGAGUGUGAUCCAGUUAUCAUUGACAGAGAGGAUGCAAUCUCUUUUGUUGAGGAUGAAAUGGAGGAAAAGGAAUUCAAUUUUGAUCGAUCUUUCAAAGGAUGCGGGAAGGCCGCUAUGGCUGCCGAGAACAUACUCAGACAGGAUGUAAUGCCGGUAUUUGGAUUCUGGCCACUCCUCAUGGAAGUAAUACCUGUGCUGGAGGAUACAAACAACGCCGAAGAGCAAACCCUGGAUUUAUGCUCGGCACUGCAGAAACAGUUCAAAAAGCAUACUCCGCAGCUACCACUGGAGACCGAAAGACCAUCGCUGUUAGAAAAAUUGCAAAUACGCGAGAACAUUGAAGGAACUUCGGAGUAUCCCUCAUAUCAAAAUACAUGUAUGCUAGGUGACAGAGGGGAGUCAGAUUCAAAUACAUGA